AUGAAAUAAUUAGACCUUCGUUUACCUUCUGCUAUUCACAGUAGACGAAUUCAUACAUAAUUCACAACACCAUUAGAUAUAUGCAGAAUCAAUUUGAAAUCACGUUCUGAAGUGAGAUGUAAAACAGAAGGAACAAUACUAAAAACUGAACAUGGUACUUGUACUACUGAAGAUGAAUUUUUACCAAUCUUUGGGAGUGUUGACUUAUGGUCUAUUUUAGGGCAAAGGGAUUUCUAUUUUACUUAAUCUCCUAAAGAAAUAAAAUUACUACAACAGGCAGAAAGUGAAAUCACCUUAACUUUUAUGGACAUUAAAACUAUGAUUGCAGAAAUGGAGAGCGGUUACAUUACAACAAAAGGAUAGUUGUGUUUCAAAUGCGAUUAGCAAUUAAAAUAAACUAAAUUACUCUACAUAACUCCUAAAUAGAGUCAAUAAUGUAUAUACAUUUGUUUGAUAUAAGGAAUGUAAUCAAAUAAGGAGGUAUAAUAAAAUUUUAAAAACUUUUUGCUAAAUAUUUGGAGAUGCGAAACUAAGAAAUGGUGUGCAGGUUGCUAUUUUGAACAUAUUCACAUUUUGGUUUGGGAUUAGUUAAAACAAUAGACUUGGAUAAUAUCUGGAUAAGAUCUUGAUUUAUAACAUCUACGUUCAUGUUAAAAUGUUAGCAACACUAAUUCGUAAUAUCGGGGUAAAAAAGUAAGAAGAAUUCUAUUUAGCAGUAAUGAAAAUUAAUUGAAAAUGAAAAGUACCUCUUUAAAACAAUCCUUCCAUAAACCUAAAUUAGUCAUUGAAGAUAAAAUUAAUUUUGUAAUGGAUUUUAUUAAGCCAAUAAUAUAAGAGAAAGAUCGAAUAAAUGAUGUAGUUGUAAUGAAGAAGACUCUAUUAAGACCAAAAUCGAGUGUGGACAGAGUGAAGAGGAAAAAUUAAAAUUUGAUAACAAAAAUCUUCACUCCAAAGGCAAAUUAAAUUAGUAUUAUAAAUAAUAUUUAUAAAUGAUUUCGCUACCAUCAUUCAUCAAACAUCAAUUUGGUAUUCCUCAAAAGCUUUUGAAGCAAAGAACGAAAAUGAUUAUAGACACAGAUUCUGGAGGCGAUGAUAUACAUGCGUUAUUGACAGCAUUUGAUUUGGCAGCCAAGAAAAAUAUCGAAAUAAUAGGUAUCACUUGCAUUAAGUAUUCUCUGUCUCUAAUAUAAUAGUGGAAACUCUUAGAUAGAUGAUGGGAUCAAGAAUAUUACAAUUGUCUAAAAAAUCGCAGGAGUGAAUAUACCAAUUUAUAAGGGAUGUGAUAGAAACUUAAAAUAAAGAAUAACUUUAAGCUCGAAAUUCUUUGGUGAUGAUGGAUUAAGUGGCCAUUAAGAAAAAUAUCUAAAGGAACUCAACAUAUAGCAAUAUCCACUCUAACAAUAACAUGCUGUUGAUUUUUUGAUAGAAAGCGCUUUGAAAUAUAAGGAAGAAUUAGUAAUCAUUUGUCUAGGUGCUUUGACAAAUGUAGCAUGUGCAAUGAUGAAGACUGUAGAUUUUGAAGAAAAUAUUGGUUUGGUCAUUGGUUUAUGCGGAAAUAUUUUAGGAUUGGGAUUUAUGAAUGAUGGAGUAGCUGAAUAUAAUGUUCACACAGAUCCAGAAGCUGCUCAUCUCGUCUUUAAGGUUUUAGCUAAGAAGCUAAUUGUAAUACCUUAUGAAGGGGUUAUCUCAGUUUCAGAAUUCACAGUAAUCAUCUCCUUUAUAAUCAGAUUGCUACAGUCUUUGAAUAGGAUACAACUAUUAAAGGCAAAUUCGUCAAAGAAAUUUAUGAAGGAAUGAAAACUGCCAAUAAUAGAUAUGAUAUCCAAGAUCCAUUAUGCAUUCUCGCAGCCACCAUGCCAGAUAUCAUCACAGAAUUUGUUGAGAGACCUUGUAAUGUAAUUUUAGAAGGAGAAGGAAGAGGAAUGGUCUCAGUCAAAUGGUUAGACAAGGACCCACAAGCAAGUAUUAAUCAUUAAUAUUUAAACUAGAUUAAGUGACCUUUAUCCUAAAAGUUAAUGAGAAUCAAUUAGUAUAAACUCUACACAAUGUUGUAAGUUGAUCCCUAAUACACAUUAAAAAUAAAA